UGGUAAAUGCCACAAAAGUCAAAUAAAUAAUAAUAAUUGGAUAAAAUGGAUAAAAUAACUGGUUAAAAUUUUAGCCAAAACUCAUACGUCUGCUUUUUUCUAAUGUCUAAAACGCGGAGCUCACAUGUACGUAUGUACCUUACGCAUGUGUCUCCUCCAUUCAUGCUGUUUGCUUCAGUUUGCUUCCUGCGUCUCAAAUCUGACACUGAUGGUACAUAACCUUUUUCGAAAGAGAUACCUUUUAUAUAACGUAUUAUUUAUCAAACGCUCUUAAAGUUUCAAGUAUCGCAGCCAAAGAUAUUGUGUGAUUGCAAAAUAAAAUGGAUGCACAAACGAACCAAGUAACGUGGGAUUUUCUGGAACUUGGCGAACUCUUAGAAGAAGAGUAUGCCCAUGUGCACUUUGAAAGAACAAUAAAGCACAUGGCUUUACAUCCGUAUCACUUAAACAAUGUCCAACGGGGUGUAAAUCAAAUUUUGAAAUCAUCACUGAACAAUUAUGACAAAGAGCUAAAAGGCUUCCUGUUAGCUUUCAAAAAUCCUGGAUUGCUUGCGAUUAACGAGGUAUUUUAUGACUCUCCCUUCAUUCACAUUGAUGUGGAAGCAGAUUUUUAUUUAUUUCGUCCUACAGUGGGAUCUUUCUUAAAGGGUAUAGUGAAUAAGAAAGGUUUGGAUCAUAUUGUAGUGUUAGUUCAUAAAACAUAUACCGUAUCUAUUCCGAAACCAGAUGAUACUGAGGAAUGGCUAGGUGAUAUGGUGGAAAUUGGUCAAGAAGUUAAAUGUUACAUACGUCAAAUAGAUAACAUAAGUAAGCCACCUUUUAUAUGCGGUAUUUUAAACAGUGAUUAUUCACAAGGUUGCAGAUUGCUUGAUAGCACAAUUAAUAUUACUGAUGUGGUUGAUACUACUGUUACUACUGAUACUACUGAAAAUUACAAUUUGAAUAUAGAGUCAUAUAAAGAUAUAAAAACAGAAAAUGCUAAUCUGUCAGAUUUCGGUGUUACUGAACCAGAGAGAAAAAAGAAGAAGAAACAUACAAAGAAAUCUAAGAUUCUUUAUCACACAAUGUCAGAUUCAGAACCAGAUUGCGGUAUUAAAAUAAAAAUAGAGAAUCCUGAUCCUGUUGAAGAUUGGAUUAUUAAUGAAAAAUCAGAGAAUCAAAUAUUUAAUGAUCACAAUGAAUUGGUCCAAAAUGGGAAUUUAGAAUUGCAUGAAAAUCACAAAAUCAGUUUGAAGAUAGAGUCAAAUAAAAGUUUGAAAAGAGAAAGUUCUGUCCCAUUAGAUAAUAUUUCUGAAACGGAGAAAAAAAAGAAAAAGAAACAUGUUAAAAAACGUGAUCCAGAUGCUGAAUUUACUAUAGAUAAUAAAGAAUUAACGUUUAAUAAGAUAGAGAACACUGUCUUUAAUAUUAAAUGUGAAGAGAAACAACGUAAAGAUAGGAAAGAUGGUAUUUUAGAGGCCGAUCUUUCUGCAAGUAUUUCAGAAGUCACUAUAUCCAAGAAACAUAAAAAAAGUAUGAAAAGGUUAAAAUCAGAAUCGGAAGUGGAAGAUUAUGUUCCUGUUAAAGUAAAGAUUGAAAAACCUGAUGUAUAUAUAGACGAAUGAAUUAAAAAUACAUAAACUUAUGAAAAAUCAUUUUUAUUUAACGCUAACUUGUACAAUAUAACUUGGUACAAAUUAUAAAUUUUUCUAACUGAUCAAACUAUUUGGCCGAUUCAUUCGGCGAUAAAAGUGGAUAAAAUCUAGAUAAAGAGAAAGGAAGUGUAAUAAUGUAAUUAUUUUUGUAAUAACUUAAUAACAAAUUAGCGUUCAAUAAUAAAAACAAUUUUUCAUAAAAGAAUGCAUUUCUAAUUCAUUUAAUUAAAUUUUAAUUGAUACGGAAUUUAGCAAUAAAAUGAAAUAACUAUGUACAGGACUGACAAUAGCAAUAUGUGAUACAAAACAUAAAAACACUUUUAUUGAUUUUGAUACAAAUUGUUUUAACGUACACAUAAUUGUGUACUCUGUAAAUCGGGCUUGGACAUUUAAAGCUCAAACUGUGCACUGUCAUCGUUACAUAGUUGAAUUUUAUACAUAGAUUCACAUUCAAACAAUUAAUUUUUCUUAUUUUAGUCUUGCUUUUCUUUUAUCAAUUCCAACAAAUACAGAUAUUUAUAGACUAUUAUAACUGGAUGUCAAUUUUGCAACUGUCUCGGAAAAUUCAAUCUAUUAAACACUUAACAACGUUUUUGUACUUAGUGGAUAUUAACGCCGUUAAUUAUGUUUGAUUUUAAUUGGAUUUGUACGUCGAUAGAACAUCGCGAAUUGGACAUAUCAUUUGAUAGUUUUUACAUUAGUGCACAUUCUAAAUUAAAUAAUUGUAAGUCAUUGUAAAUAAUAGUCUCUCGUACUGUACAUAAGAAAGAAAUUUAGCCCGAAUACAUAUAAAAGAUUUUGUCAACAUUGAUCAUGCUAGAUGGCCAAAAUAUAAGAUGCCUUGUAAAUAUUUCUCAUUCCACUUUUUAAUAUUUGACAAUAAACUACAAUUGUAUGUGUCAUGUUA